AUGUCUGGUCAUACUCCCAUGAAGAUCAAGUCGGCCAGUUCCGAUAUAAAAAUCAAUGCCGACGACAUGAGGGACAUCCUCAAAUCGGACCUUGAUGACCACGUCCUCAACAACGUCUCCGUGGCCCAUUUUGUCGAGCACGUCUGGGGCCUAGAGCCUGCAAAGGUUUCGGAAAUUCUUGAUAUGCAAUUUCAGCUGCCAGACGACCUCCUGAAAGAAUAUCUGCAUAUUCUCAGCAAUAAGCGGGAGCCCGCACUUCACAAGCCAUUUCGCGGUAUCUCUAGAGCACUUCUCAAGAGUGUUUGUGAUCAAUUCAACCUUCCGCACACUGUGCUCCAAACCUACUUCUGGGAUGGAAAUGGCACAACAUAUGUCUCUCGUGAAUCUCGUGUCAAAUCCACGAAGACAUCGAGCCGCAACGCCCAAACAAAGGGCGUGAAAACGAAGAAGGGUUCCCAUCAUGGCAUGCUCAAGCCUGACCUCCUGGAGGUAUGCAUACCGGUGGAUAACGACAACAAUCCUUUGAAUCCCGACAAUGAAGACUCUAUCAAACAUGUAGAGGUACCAACAUGGGGUCUUGCUCGUGCCCCGGUCGAAUUUAAGAAGGGUAGGAAGACGGUCACCCCCAAGCUUGACACCGUUCACGAAGGCAAAGAGACGGGCACAGGGUCUGGUGUAGGUACCGAGGUGUCUUCGCUCAAUACUGCCGGGACGGGCAACUCGUCUGGUUUCACUCAGGACAGCGGAGAAUCUAGAAACAAGCGACCGGGCAGUCCAACCCUGUCAAAGGAACAUAGCGACGCGAAAAAACAACGUACCACCCGGAACAUCCCAUUACAUGAAUUACAACUCGCUAAUUAUGCGCUCGAGUGUCUUUCUGCCGGAAAUCGACACUACGUGACUGGUAUUUUUAUCAACGGCGUCACCUUUAGACUCUGGUAUUAUGAUCGCUCGGGCGCGAUGCGUACCGUCUCUCAUGACUUUUCUCAACCAUCUGGCAUGGCCAAUCUUGCAGCUUCCCUGUUUGCUCUUAGUCAGAGCAACAUGAAGCAGGCUGGAUUUGACCCUUAUAUCUAUCACCUGGCUGGAAAGCUUGAUGAGCCCAUUCAGACUUCCACUGUCGUUCCCUUGACCACGCCGUUGCCUCAGAUGGAAAAUGUCUGCUACAAAUUUACCAAGGGCAACAAGGAACAUGUGUUUGCUAUACACAAUUCUAUCUCUCGCUACAGAGGUAUUAACGGUCGCGGCACCGUGGCCGCAGAUGUGCGCCAUGGACUCAUAGGAAAGACGUUCUCUCAUAAUCUAUAUGUCCUCAAGAUGAGUUGGCAGUUUCCAAUUCGUCAGCAUGAAGGCGAGAUCAUCAGUCAUCUUCGCACAGUGCUUCCCAACUGCUGGCAUGAUCACCUUCCCGACCCUGUAUUCUAUACGAAGAUUACAGCAGAAGAACUUGCCAUGCCAAAGUACAAUGUCUACAAUGCAAUGAAGGACUCAGCCAACCCCCCUAGCAAUCACAGUGACGACCGCAACCUUCAUGUCAUUGCAACAAACCGCUACAAACACCUUUGGGAAGCCACUGACAUUGACGAGUUCAAGCAGGCUUAUAUCGACUGCGUGGAAUGCCAUUACCAUGCCUUUCAAACUGGCAAUGUUCUUCACCGUGAUAUCAGCGAGAAUAACCUCAUGAUAUAUCUACCUGGCAAGACAGACAAGCUGGAAGAACAAGAUGUUGCCGAUAAUGCGGAAAUUGCUACCAAAAAGAUAGCCUCUAGUCCAGCGACCGAGUCAAAGUCUGUUGAAAUCACGGAACCUCGAGCUCGCGGAGUUCUCAACGACUUCGAUAUGGCAGUUAUUCUAGGUUCCGAUGGCAAACCUACAACACCUUCCACCGGAGAUCACCACAUCACAGGCACUAUACCCUUCAUGGCUGGUGAUCUUCUCAUGACACCGGAACAAAGAGCAAAAUUCCAAUUGAAAUACCCUACAAUUCCGACGUAUCAUUUGUACCGCCACGACCUCGAGUCGUUUUUCUACAUCCUCGUUUGGGCAGCCACACGUUAUGAUUUAAAAAAGGGCUGCAGGUUGCACCUUCUCCCGGGCUCGCCGCUGAUAGGGUGGUCAAAUACCCCAAACGUGCUCAACCCUGUGCAAAUAAAGGCAUUAACAAUUCCGCUCAUGGAAGAAUUGGAAACAGGUAUCCUCGCAGAGUGGAAAGGCCUUUGGGCGGACUGGAUUGAGCCACUCUUUCUUUUAUUUGAGGAAGGGCUGCGAUGCAGCGCAGCUGCUCGGAGACGCGGCAAUAUAGAUGAUUUCACGACCGGCGGGGGACUUUUGACUUUUGAAAAAUUCAUGGCGACUAUUAAAGUCACACCCCGAAACUUCGAUACCAAGAAGUGA